AUGAUCAUCCUCAUCCCUUCGCCGCGUGACCCAUGCGUGUGGGACGAGGACGUGCAGGAGUUCCGGCCCGAUCGGAUGCUCAACGUCAGAGUCGAGAAGUUCCCGGUGCCCCGACGGGUGGCAGUCAUUCUGAUUCGGCACGGCCAAUUUUUCGCGUGGCAGGAGGCCCAAGUCACGCUUGUCUACCUGAUACAGCGCUUCACGUUCUCCAUGCGUGAUCUGGCGUACGGCCUGUAG